UUUGCUUGGAGAGAAAGAAGGAAGGCCGACGAUGAUGAAGGAGAAGGUUUUACUAGGGCUUUACAAAAGCCCCUUCGCAUGAAACCACCGAGCCAGCACCUCCUCCAUCUUUGACACCCUCCUUCGUUUUCUUCUUCAAAUUCCGACAGUGAUCAUCGAUUGACCACACACUAGAGCAGAGAGAGAGAGAGAGAGAGAGAGAGAGAGAUGAACCCCAUGCUCAGAAGCUCUGGUUCUCUCAGGCACGCCCUGAGAUCUCUCCAGAACCUCCGCAAUUCCUCCUCCGUUUCGGCUCGCGCUCUCUCGACUGCUCCCUCGUUCCUCAGGCCCUCCUCCGCCAAUCACCUCUCGCCGCGCCACCGCCCGCUGCCCCCUCUCCUCCCUCUGUCGCCGCCGUUCAUCUCCACCUCUGUCCGGCACCUCCGCGUCGGCCGUGACCCCAGCACCGGGUAUGAGAUAACGCCACCGGUGAAUUGGGGGAUACGAAUUGUGCCGCAACAGAGGGCUUUUGUGAUCGAACGGUUCGGCAAGUAUGUGAAAACCCUAACUUCGGGAAUCCAUUUCUUGAUUCCAUUCGUUGAUCGAAUAGCUUAUGUGCAUUCACUCAAGGAAGAGGCCAUUCCUAUCCCGGACCAGUCUGCUAUUACUAAAGACAAUGUCAGCAUUUUGAUCGAUGGAGUGCUCUACGUUAAGAUUGUGGAUCCAUACAAUGCUUCUUAUGGCGUUGAGAAUCCUAUAUAUGCAGUCAUUCAGCUAGCUCAGACAACGAUGCGUAGUGAGCUUGGGAAAAUAACGCUCGACAAGACAUUCGAGGAGCGGGACACGCUUAAUGAAAAGAUAGUGGAGUCUAUUAACGUGGCUGCUCUAGACUGGGGUUUGAAAUGUCUUCGUUAUGAAAUACGGGACAUAUCUCCUCCUCGUGGUGUGAGGCAAGCUAUGGAGAUGCAAGCAGAAGCUGAGCGUAAGAAAAGAGCUCAAAUCCUGGAGUCUGAAGGAGAAAGACAGUCGAACAUCAAUAUUGCGGAUGGUAAAAAGAGUGCUGUAAUCCUAGAGUCAGAAGCUGCAAAGAUGGAUCAAGUUAAUAGAGCACAUGGAGAAGCAGAAGCCAUUCUUGCUAGGGCACAAGCGACAUCAAAAGGAAUUGUUCUGGUAUCUGAUGCUCUUAAGGAGACUGGAGGUGUCGAAGCGGCUAGUUUGAGGAUUGCUGAACAAUAUAUCCAUGCCUUUGGAAACAUUGCCAAAGAGGGCACAACAUUGUUGCUUCCUAGCUCCACUGCCAAUCCAGCUAACAUGAUGGCACAAGCUUUGACAAUGUAUAAAAGCCUAAUCGGCGGCAAUGUCUCGGGGGAUGCUCCAAGUGGAGGCACUUCAUCCCAGUUGAUUGAAAGCUCACAUGACAACCCUUCUUCCUCGGGAGAGGCUGUGGACCGUAUUCCCGCGACUUCUAGAAGAAAUAGCAUUGAACAGCGUGAGCCAACAUUUUCACUUCAAAGUCCUCCGAAGGAUAGUAGAAGUAAUCGCGCUGGACAAUUUGAUAAGAGAACAUAGUUUUUCCUGCAAAACUGUUGUGGCUGAUGUUCCCGUGUUUCCGGUGUCUCGUUUCCUCACAGCAAGUCAAAUCAGUUUUGAACUGUAUUUUGCAAAGAAGCUCGCAUUUGCUCAAGUCAUUUGGCAAAAUUAGGAUCUUUCUUCGGAUAACCUACAUGAGCAUUUCCUUUUCGAGGUGAUGGAUUUUGUUCUACAAGUCGCACUUCUAUCUAUUUAAAUGAACUUUUUGAUGGAGCGCCCAGAGCCAUUUUCCUUGUAAUUGUGACAUAGGUCCUCAUUUUGUUCAAUAAAUCUCAUUCUGAGUUGCAGAU